AGUAUAUCACUUUUUUGAAUGGCAAGAACAACAUCUUAUAUAUAUAAUUGGCGUGAUAAAUAAGAUUGUAGGUUCUUCAACUUUAGGAUUGCUCUUCACAGCUAUAAAUACUGCCCUUUAAGUAAAACAUACUACUUUGAGUAAACAUACGAAUAAGUAGCAAUGAAAGCUCUAGCGAUUUUACUUUUCGCCCUUUUGUCCCUCCGGAGUUUUCAAGGGUUGGAUAAUGGACUAGCCAGAACUCCCCCCAUGGGAUGGUUGAGCUGGGAACGAUUUAGGUGCCUAACGGAUUGCCAGAAGUUUCCUAACGAGUGUAUCAGCGAGACUUUAUUUAAAAGAACGGCAGAUAAAAUGGUCAGUGAUGGUUAUCUGGCAGCUGGAUACGAAUACAUUAUUAUUGACGAUUGCUGGUCGGAUAAAUCAGGACGAGAUUCCGAUAACCGACUUAAGGCUGAUCCUAUAAGAUUUCCUAAUGGGAUAAAACCAUUGGCAGACUAUGUACAUAACCUUGGUCUACAACUUGGUAUCUAUGGAGACUAUGGUACCUUAACAUGUGGUGGUUACCCAGGCAGUUUAGAUUACCUAGAGUUAGAUGCCCAAACCUUUGCCGAAUGGGGCGUCGACUACUUAAAGCUAGAUGGAUGCUAUGUUUCAACUGAGGGAAUGGAAGAAGGCUAUGCUUUAAUGGCUCAGUAUCUAAAUAACACUGGACGUCCUAUAGCUUUCUCUUGUAGUUUUCCUGCUUACAAAGGCCUGGAGGCCAAUUAUUCUAUGGCAGUAGAGCACUGUAACCUAUGGAGAAACUACGGAGAUAUCGACGAUAGUUGGGAAGAUGUUAGGGAUAUCGCCACAUGGUUUGCAGAUAACCAAGAUUUCCUACGGCCGUUUGCUGGACCUGGACACUGGAACGAUCCAGAUAUGUUAAUUAUUGGUAAUUUCGGAUUAAGUCUGGAGCAAAGCAAGAGCCAGAUGACCAUGUGGGCCAUAAUGGCGUCACCUUUGAUUAUGUCUGUGGAUUUGGAUACCAUUAAGCCAGAAUUCAAGGCGAUUUUACAGAAUGAACAUGCUAUAAGGAUCAAUCAGGAUCCUCUUGGGGUGCCUGGAAAGCUGGUAUCUAAGGAUAGUAGCAUUAUGGUUUGGAGUAAACCAUUGCAGAGCAGUGGCACCUCAGAAGAACUUGCUUUGGGGCUAGUUAGCAAUAGAACUGACGGUUAUUUAUAUCCCUAUGACGUAUCUUUGGCUAAUUAUAUUCAAAGUACUUCUGGAGAUUAUAAGGUUAUAGAUGUUUUUGAUAGUGAUAAUGAAAUUAAUGAGAGGUCGUUUAAAUACUCCGAUAAUAUUACCGUAAGGAUACCCCCAACAGGUGCGGUGCUACUUUUGAUCUCAUCACUUUAGUUUUAAGAUUAUAAGUUUUUAGUAUUAAUUUAUUUAUAAAAUUAUUAGGGCUAGAAUAUUGUUUUUGUAAGUUUAUGUACAGCAGAAUAAAAAUUUUAAUAAAAA